AUGCACGCUAGAAGACAAGAGAAGCGACGAAGCGAAACAGCAACAAAAACGAGCGAGCUGGAGAGCGGCUUAUCGACAACAACAAAAACAGCAGCCCACACUACGAGCGACUCAGCGUUGCUCUUGUUCGCGUUGUCGCUGAUCGCCCGGGCCGAUGAGCAAUUGAAUGGACGCUGGAUGGACGAGGAGCAGUCCGGCGGCAGCGUCGAGAAGAGCAGCUGUAGCGGCAGUAGCAACGACACACCGACUACGGCUACACUCAGCUGGACGACCCUCAACCCCAGCAGGACUCUUUUGGAGCUAGACCUCGAUUACUUGGAGCGGCGUGGCGUUGGCGACGACGGACUCGAAUCCGAGGCAGCGAGCGGCCCAGCGAGCAAAGACGAGGACAGUCCAGCCGACACCCUCGAGCGCGUCAAGGUCAUAUUCCUCGGCGCAUCCGGGGUCGGCAAAACCAGCAUCAUUCGGCAAUUUGUUUGGAACGAAUUUUCGGAGGAGUACAGGCCAACCGAGGGCCGCGAGACUUACUACCCGAGCGUCGUGUUGGCCGAGCGGAUGUACGAGCUCAAGAUCACGGAUUUGCCGACGAUACCCUACUUCCCGAUCAAUUCGCACCUCGAAUGGACCGACUUUCGUUACUACGGCCUGCGCAGCGCCACCGCCUACGUACUCGUCUUUGACCUCAGCAAUCAGGACACGUUUCAGUACAUAAGGACACUUCGGGAGCAGAUCUACGAGGCGCGCGACAUGCGAGGCGUGCCCCUCAUGGUGGUCGGGAACAAGCAGGACAAACUGUCGACAACCUCGACGACAACUCCCACGGCACGGCAUCGCGACAUCAUCAACCUUGUGCGGAAGCACUGGCGCUGCGGCUACGUCGAAUGCAGCGCCCGGUACAAUUAUCACGUGGUACAGGUGUUUCGCGAGCUGAUGAAGAGCAUCCAGUCACUGGAGGGCAAGGUCCCGUCACCAACGGCGAGCGGCUCCUUGCGCCACCAGUCCUGCGACAGCGGGUCCGCCGGAGCCGCCGGCAACGAAGCCACUGGUGGAUCAGAAAAAUGCGUUCUUCUCUGACAGUAGAUGAAAGAGCCGCUGCCGUCCGUCUGUCCCUCUUUCCGGCCUUUAACUCAAGAAUAAGAGGGUACACGGUGGACACGAGGGAUAACGCGAGUCGAGCACCCGAUGCCAGACCAAUGGUGGAUUUGUCUCGUUACUCUCGUUCUCCUGUGUCGUCGAUGCGUCCACGAGCCCUGGUCUUGGGGGCGGAUCGGGCACUCGAGAGCGCGCCAGAGAAGAGCAAAGGGAUUGCACGUGGGAUCAUAUUUUCAAAGGUGUUUUUAGGGGUUGCAAACACUUGGCCUGGAUCAGCUCGAUUUUUUGGUGCACAAGCGUGGGCGGUGCAGGCGAUCAUUCUCGAUCGAGGCGGUACACACGUAUUGCGUACCUUGUUGGGACUCAACGGGAGAGUUAACACUUGUAACACGGCCUAACACAGCCCAAUGUGCCCCAAAUGUGGCGGACAGCUGCUCGAGCAAUAGAUAAUAUAUUUGUAUUCAAGCGA